AUGCAUGAUGAUUUCACCAAACAGCUCACCGAAAGAUUCGCUGGGUUGCGAGAUCUCUUUUUGCUGGUGACAGAGAUCAGAUUAGGACUGGUGUUGUCCUCAUUUUCGGUGGCUACCCCACCAGUGGCGGUGUGGUCCUUGUUGUUGUCAAUCAGUUUUGCAAACUUUCACUUUGGCUUGGAUGGGGCCGACAGUGUGCUUUCAUCAGGGCGAGUGCGUGGAUGCGCACAAAAACACUAUGCCGACAAGCGCAAGCUGGUCCAAAGGCCACCGCUGAGCGUUGAGCAGGUGUUGACCCUGGAGAAGAUUGUACUGGACCCUGGACGUACUGAUGUGGAUCGAAUCGGAGCUGGAACCGAGAUACAGGUGCGCUAUUGCUUGGUUAGGCGCGCUUUGGCCUUCGACCAGGCGAACCUGAUUGAGUUCAAGUUGUUGGAGGCUUGGAGUGAAAAAUUGAUGCAGAGCAGAUUAGAAGACCCGGCACCAGGCUAUGCCAGGAUAACCAUGAAACAACUUGAGCUUGCUGACAGGAAAUUGUUUUGCGUGCUUGCUGAGAAAACCAGAGAAGGUAUCAAAACCACCAUCAAAGGCAGACCUCUUGACCUGGUGUUCAAGGAAUGUUCAGAAAGCUCAGAAGUCCUUGCGUUGUUGCAGCCCAGACAGGGUACAGUCUCGGCGGAAAAGGUGAAGGAGGUGCGUGGCAACUCAGCAGAACCACCCACCAAACGAAUCAAACGAGAGACUGGAAAGAAGGGCAAGGGCAAAGGUAACAGCAGUGCUUUUGUGCGUAUUCCACACGAUCUACUGAAGCUGAACUGUGUUGGCGAGCCAGCAGAGGUCAUGCAUGAUGACACAACGAAUUCUUUUUCAGAUACACCUGCACAGGAGAAUUUUUCAGAUGUUGAGAAAAUUUGCCACACGGGUACAGAGGCUGACAGACCAUAUGUCUUCUUGGAAUUAUGCGCUGGAAGUGCAACCUUGUCUGCAGAGGUUAAGCGUUUGGGAGUUGAGGUGCUGGCCUUUGACCACGAGUCCAACCGACAUCAAUCAAAGUGCAAGGUCCUUUGUUUGGAUCUUAGUUUGCCGCAUGCUUUCGAACGCAUUGUUGAGCUGGUGACUAAAUGCAAUGUGUUGGGCGUUCACAUGGGGCCGCCCUGCGGCACGUGCAGCAAAGCCAGAGGGAUACCUAUGCCGGAUGGAUCGGCGGGACCCCAACCGCUUAGAGAUGACAAUUAUUUGCUGGGUCUUCCAAAUCUGGGAUUUCGAGACAAACAAAGGGUAACUGCUGCAAAUAAUUUAUAUGAGAAGCUUGGUUUGCUGGUGGAGACGCUGGAGAAGAAGCUGACUUCCUUCCUUUCGAAUCGAGAUGAAUUUGGAGCAUUGUCGAGGUUCUGCCAAGACGUGGCGCCACAUGAACAUGAAAGCUGGGGCUAUGACCAUGUCAACAAAUGUUUCAACACUGCAAAAGAAUCGAUGCUGAACCUGACCUUCGGAUGUUACGAGAAGGUUGAAUUGAAAGCGAUGGAACACGUGCUGUGGAUGUUGGUUACCUUGGCCAGAUACAUGAGACACUUUGGUGAGAUCAAGUUUGUGCUUUGCGAUGGGACCCUUUUGGAAGGGCACGUGCAUCCUGCGUGGAACAAGGUUGCUUUUGGAAUGGAGGCCACGUGUGUGGACAUGAAAUCUGCCUACAAGCAGUUACCACUGAAUCCAUGCGAAUAUCACCGCACCGUGGUCAGCCUGUGGGAUGUCAAUAACAGAAAGGCAGCUUGCUUUCUAAUGCGCACCCUUCCAUUCGGUGCCACGGCAAGUGUGCAUCACUUUUUACGAGUCAGCAGUUUCAUACAUGCUGUAGGACUUCAUGCUGGUUUGUGCUGGGGAGCGUAUUUUGACGACUUCCCAACCCUGUGCAACGUAGCCAACAGGCGCAGCACCCAGUCCACCGCAUUGGGUAUUUUCGAGUUGCUGGGCUUCAAGUACAAUGACGAAAAACUGGACCCCUUUGACAAAGUGGCAUCAAUGUUGGGGGUGGAGCUUGACCUUCGAGAGAUAGACAAUGGCUUGAUCAAGGUUCAGAACAAACCUGCGAGAGUCACAGAAGUGUCGGAGUGCUUGAAUAGGAUUUUAGACAGUGGGGUUAUUGAAGCUGACUCACUGCCUUCCUAUCUGGGGAAGCUACAAUUUGCAGAAGCUCAGCUGUGGGGUCGUGCGGGUAGAAUCGCUCUUGCAGACCUGAGAGAAGCUACGCUACAUAAAACCGGAGCCUUCGCAGUCACAGAAGAAGCAAAGGAAGCCAUUGAAGUUUUGUUGGAAAGAUUCACAACUGGACGACCGAGAGAAUUGAAAGCCUCGGAGCACGCGUGA